GCUCUCUCACACUCUCACUGUCAUCGUUGCAUUUCCCCUCUCUGUUCACCGAAUCCACUCUCUCUCUCUCUCUCCGCCACUGCCCCUCCGCGUUCUUCACUCGCCCUCCAUUGAAGAGCAAAGCCGCCCCUCAGCCGCCGCCGGUUCCGCUCCCCCAGCGCGGUCCUCGGGCCUUUUUGACCUCCGCCGCCGGCCGUUGACACUGUCAGCUCCGGGUCCCGAUCCUCGCUGGAAACUCGGAAAGACUCAGUUGGAUCGUUUUCGAAUCUCUCUGUCAUUCAAUUCAAUUCAAUUCAUUGAAUUGAACCCCUUCUUCAUCUCUCUGACUCUGCGUCUGCGCAGUGAACUGCCAAUAUGAUCGUAGGAGUCCCUCCGAUCAGCACAAUCUUUUUGACCGGUGGAGAGUAAGGCGGAGCAGGGGGACACUGAAGAACUAGAAGUGUUAAGAGCAUGCUUGAGAAUCUAAGUUGAAGGAUUCAAAAGAUGAAGAAACUUUUCUUUUUCCGAUCUUCUGGAUCCAGCAACACGACCCAGCCAUUGACCGAGAAGACUAAUAAGGAGGACCUGUUUGAAAAUGGACUGAGCUGCCCCAUAGGCCAGCCCCGAAAGCAUUCAUCUGAUAGUCAGAGUUCGAAUGCUGGGUCAGGUCUCAGGAGAAGCCUCUCACUGUCUUCUGCCUCCUUCUUUGAAGAAGGCUUUGAGCAGAGCAACUCGCACGAGAAUUCAUGUCGUGUUAUUAUUACUCCGGAGAAGCAAUCAAGAACCAAACGGUCUUCGAGGUCCCACAAUGACUCAUCAGGGAAUUCCUCGAACUGCUCAAGCAAUGUCUCGAGCAAAAUAAUUGACCGUUAUAUUGAUGGAGAGCAGAAUCAGGAUAGAAGCCGACCGAAGAAUAUUAUUACGAGAAAUCAAGCCGGAAAAGAUAGUGGGAAUCGUCCUCCUCGAGCUCAAUUCACAGCACCCUCUUCACCCGUAGAUAGUGCUAAAACUAGACCAAGAUCUCAUUCAUUUAGAGAAUCUAAAGGCACUCGUCUCUACUUCUCAUCUAGAGAUUGGGUGGAGGGUGGGUUGGGCCAUGAAUCUCCUCGGAGGCUUGCAAAAAAUGUUAUUGAGAGGCUCUCUCAGACUACUGCUGAUUUCCCGAGAGCAAGUUCAAAGGAAUUCGACCAUGACAUUCCAAUCACAAUAGAAGAUAUCUACAGUGGAUCUUUGAAUAAAGAUUCCUCCUCAGAAGCAGCCACUCGAAAUAGCUCUCCAUUGGAUGAGCCCUAUGAAACAAUAGGCUGCGAGGUCCCCAACCACAAAUGUGCUGCAAUAGAUGAGGAGAUGGACUUCGAGUUGCAAAGAAGGUACAAGGUAGCUGAGGAGAAGGUCGCCCUUCUCUCUGAAGAGUUUGAACGAGAUCGAUUCGUACUUGGGAUGAGUUUUGAUGUCUCAGCACUGAUUCAUACAAUAAGGAGCCUUUCGGAGGAACGGAUGAGCUUGGCUACUGAGAUUUCGGAACUGUUACAGUCGAGAAUAGCAGAAAGGGCUUCUGCUAAGGAAGAGCUUAGACUGGUGAAGGUGGAAAUGGAAUUGCAGCUCCAGAGGCUGGAGAGAGAGAAGAAGGAACUGCAAGUAGGCUUGGAGAAGGAGCUUGAUAGGAGGUCAAAUGGCUGGUCUUCGAGGCUUGAGAAGUACCAGUUUGAAGAGCAGAGGCUUCGCGAGCGGGUGAGAGAACUAGCAGAACAGAAUGUUUCUCUCCAAAGGGAAGUCUCUUCUUUUGGUGAGAGGGAAGCAGAGAGCAGAAACUUGAUAACAUAUUCUGAGCAACAGAUAAAGGAGCUGAGUAUGAAGGUGGAGGAAUCGACAUGGCAGAAUGAAGAAUUGCAUAGGCAUCUCUCAGAAUUACGAGAAAAAUGCAAGGCUGCAGAGGAAAGUGAAGAGUGUAUUAAGAGAAACUUCCAGGAGAAGGAGAAGGAAUGCAAGGAGUUGCACAGAUCGGUUACAAGAUUACUGAGGACUGCAAAUGAGCAGGAGAAGACGAUUGAAGGGCUUCGAGAUGGAUUCUGUGAAGAUGAUGGCAAGUUGGAAAAGGUUGAUAAGCAGGUGGCAAAACUGCGAAUGGAGCAGAUGAGGCUGACUGGGGUUGAACUGGCCUUACGAAAAGAAGUGGAAUCUCAUAGGCUUGAAGCGGAGUCACUUCGGCAUGAAAAUAUUAACUUGUUGAGCCGAUUGAAGGGCAACAGCAAAGAUCCCCGGGAUUCGAUGUUUCAGCUUGACAACGAACUUUGGGCCCGAGUUUGCUGCUUGCAAAGUCAAGGGUUAUCACUUUUAAACGAGACCACUGACUUGUGUUCGAAGCUAUUGGCACUUGUCAAAGAGAAGUCUUAUCAUGAAGAAACCAAGCAGGGCAUAGAAAAUGUUGGCAGAUCCGGUUUAGAUUCACAAUUUAUUAUCGAGUCUGAUGUUAAAAUCCAAGGAUUCAAGCGUGGAAUGGAGAGCCUGGCUAGAAGUUUGCAAACAAUUUCACGAUUGCUUCAGGAGAAGGUCACACCACUUUCUACAAAGCAGCAGCUAAAUGAUCAAACUUCAGAGGAUGCUUUGAGGUCAGAGCUUAAAGCGGAAAGCUUGGUGACAAGCCUGCUAAGAGAGAAGCUCUAUUCUAAAGAGAUGGAAGUUGAACAACUGCGUGCUGAAUUGGCAACAGCAGUGAGAAGCACCGAUGUCCUCAGAUAUGAAGUUCAGAAUGCUCUGGACAGCCUCUCUUGUGUAACCCACAAAUUGCGGGAGCUUGAACUCCAGAUGCUAAAGAAGGACGAGAGCAUGAACCGUCUGCAGAGCGACCUCCAAGACUCGAAGAGGGAGCUGAAUGUCAUCAGGGGGAUCCUCCCCAAAGUGAUGGAGGAGAGGGACAAGAUGUGGGAGAAGGUGAAGGACUUCUCGGAGAAGAACAUGCUCCUGAACUCGGAGGUUGAAAUGCUGAGGAAGAGGAUAGACACCCUCGAUGAGGACAUACACAUCAAGGAAGGUGAGAUCACGAUCUUGAAGGACUCGAUCAGUAAGAAGUCCUUUGAUCUCCUUUCAAGUCCCGAUUUCACCCGAGAGUUCUUGCUGGAAUGAGAUGAUUCUGGUGUGGAGAAUUUGGUUUGUGUCUCUGUGGGUUUGAAGCAUGUGAAUAGCCUUUUAUAUACAUAUUCUUGGUUUGUGGGGUUUCUUUGUGCAGCUUAUACUGGAUGGGAAAGUCUUUAGUCUUGAAUUGUAUGCACUGAGAUGGGAAAAGGAAAAAGAAAAGAUUCAUGGCAAUGACUCUUUUUUUUUUUUUGGGGGAAUAAACUGGUUCGUGCGUUCGGUAUUUGAUUCUUCGGAGAGUUUGGAUUGCAGUCUCUUCUUUCUUGA